AUGGAGGGGCUGGGGUGGCUGCUGGUGCUGGGGGCUGCCGUGCUGCUGGGAGCAGAGUGCAAAGCUCCUCUGGAGACACCCACAUUUGGGGACAUCUACCAUGUCACAGGAGUCAUCAGCCUGCCCUACGCGGAGAUCAGGGAGCCCUUCGAAGCCUGGUACAACCUCACCGGGGGGAAGAGCCCGCUGUCCCCAUCCCCAGGCCAAGUGGUCACCUACCAGUUUGCCUCCAUCAAGCCCUUCGGCGCCAGCUUCAAGGUGACUCCCGAGACCACGGAGACGGAGGUCAACGUCCGCAAGUGCUUCCGCAUCAACGGCACUGACGGGGACCUCAUCGCCCCGCAGAGCGUCUUCCCCAGCCUGGAGAACUUCAAGCGGGUGCGGGAGGAGCGCUUCCGCGGGCAGCGCUGCGCCGUCUGGCAGAACGUCUCCUACUGGGGUCGCAAGAAGAACGUCUACACGCUGCGGGUGGGCAGCUCUGCCCGCGGCCCCGUGCCCCUGCACUACGAGGUGCGUGGCUUCAACAGCCUCCUGGGCUCCCACUACGACAAGUACGAGAUCGACUACUCCUCCUUCAGCCACCGUUUCCCCCCCAACGUCUUCCACCUCCCCGAGGGGGUGCAGUGCGAGCAGUGGCCCGCGGCCGGCCCCGAGCACCGCAUCGUGCCCAACAACGGGCCGCCCUUCCCCACCGCGCACUACGCCGGCCUCAUCCUGCCCGAGAGCCUCGACUGGCGACUGUACGGUGCCGUGACCCCCGUGAAGGACCAGGCCGUCUGUGGGUCCUGCUGGAGCUUUGCUACGACGGGCGCCAUGGAAGGUGCCCUCUUCCUCAAGACCGGCGUGCUGACCCCCCUGUCCCAACAAGUCCUCAUCGACUGCUCCUGGGGCUUCGGGAACCAGGCAUGCGACGGGGGCGAGGAGUGGCGAGCCUAUGAGUGGAUCAUGAAGCACGGCGGCAUCGCCAGCACCGAGUCCUACGGGCCCUACCUGGGGCAGGUGAGGGUGGCAGCGCCGCUCGGGUGGGGGGGUCGGUGCCACUGCAACCAGUCGGAGCUGGUGGCCCAACUCGCCGGCUACACCAGCGUAGAGCCGGGCAGCGCCGCAGCGCUGAAGGCUGCGCUGGUCAAGCACGGCCCCGUGGCCGUCAACAUCGACGCCUCGCACAAGUCCUUCGCCUUCUACGCCAACGGCGUCUACGAGGAGCCCCGCUGCGGAAACGAGACGGGAGCGCUGGACCACGCGGUGCUGGCCGUGGGCUACGGGGUCCUGCACGGCAAGAGCUACUGGCUGAUCAAGAACUCCUGGUCCACGUACUGGGGCAACGACGGCUACAUCCUCAUGGCCAUGAAGGACAACAACUGCGGCGUGGCCACCGCCGCCUCCUUCCCCAUCCUGGCCUGA